CGGGCUUAUCUUCCUCUCUGCUUGCCUUGGCUCUGAGGGACAAUAACCUGCGGCUCCCGAUGGCCUGUGUGCUGUGAACAAGGAAAACUGCUGAUCCUGCAAUGGUACCACUUUCUUCAGCUGCUCUGAGGAAGGUAUUUCAUGGAGCCUUUGAGCACUAACAUCACUGCUCUCUGUGUGACCAUUUGAGAGCAAACGAGCUGGACACAGCCAUGGGGGACUCUCCAGCAAAUGUCCUGGAUGCAGGCAUGGACACACAGACUGAGCUGGUGGAGAGAGUGGCAGCCAUAGACGUGUCUGUUGUCCCAGACAGAAGUGACCAAAAUGGUGAAGACAACCCUGAAGAAAAUGACACAGUCUUUUCUGACAACAUAAAGGACAUCCAGAGAAAUGGAGUCAGCACUGACGUGGGAAUCAAUGAAUUUCUGCCUUCCCAACAGUCAGAAGAUGCUCACUUGAGACCUGUUCCCAAGAGACCUCUAACCAGACCUGGUCUAUCCAGUAGGAAGUUGUCCCUUCAGGAAAGAUCCUCAGGAGGUUAUUUGGCUUCCAGCAGCACUCCAGGUUGUGGUCCCUAUGCCACAGGGCCAUCCCCACGUAUAAUGAGGAGACCGACGAUCGAGUCCCAUCGGGUCUCCAUAUCAGACUCUGAGGACUGUGUGCAAUUAAACCAGUACAAGCUGCAGAGUGAAAUAGGCAAGGGCUCCUAUGGCGUGGUGAAGCUGGCCUACAACGAGAAUGAUGACAAAUAUUAUGCUAUGAAAGUCCUCUCCAAAAAGAAGCUGUUGAAGCAGUAUGGAUUUCCACGUCGGCCUCCUCCCAGAGGGUCCAAAGCAUCCUCUGGAGAGCAGCCCAAGCCCAUGGCACCCCUGGACAGAGUCUAUCAGGAAAUAGCCAUCCUAAAGAAGCUGGACCACAUCAAUAUUGUUAAGCUGAUAGAGGUCCUUGAUGAUCCUGCAGAGGACAACUUGUACAUGGUGUUUGACCUCAUGAGGAAAGGGCCUGUGAUGGAGGUGCCCAGUGAGCAGCCCUUCAGCGAGGAGCAGGCUCGGCUCUACUUCCGAGACAUCGUCCUGGGCAUCGAGUACUUGCACUACCAGAAGAUCAUCCACAGGGACAUCAAGCCUUCCAACUUGCUCUUAGGAGAUGAUGGCCACGUGAAAAUUGCUGAUUUUGGUGUCAGCAAUCAGUUUGAAGGGAAUGAUGCCCAGCUCUCCAGCACAGCAGGGACUCCAGCCUUCAUGGCCCCAGAGGCCAUCUCACAGACUGGCAAAAGUUUCAGUGGCAAGGCCCUGGAUGUGUGGGCCAUGGGAAUCACCCUGUACUGCUUUGUGUAUGGGAAGUGCCCUUUUAUAGAUGAAUAUAUCCUGGGUCUUCAUAAUAGGAUCAAGACCAAGCCUGUGGAGUUCCCAGAAGAGGCACAGAUAAGUGACGAGCUCAAGGAGCUGAUCCUGCGCAUGCUGGAUAAAAAUCCAGAAACCAGGAUAACAGUCCCUGAAAUAAAGGUGCACCCCUGGCUGAGCCGGGGCGGCGCGGAGCCGCUGCCGCUGGAGGAGGAGCACUGCUCCAUGGUGGAGGUCACCGAGGAGGAGGUCAAGAACUCUGUGAAGACCAUCCCCAGCCUGCCAGCUGUGAUCCUGGUGAAGGCCAUGCUGAGGAAACGCUCCUUUGGGAACCCCUUUGAGGUCCAGACGAGGAGGGAGGAGAGAUCCAUGUCUGCUCCAGGGAACCUGCUGAUAACGCAGGGCAGCAGAGAAGCCGCCCGGGACCCGGAGCUGCCGGACGUGUGCGAGGACGAGCCCGCGGCCUGAGGGCGCGGCUGCUGCUGGGGCCGGCCGCCCUCACCCUCACCGCCCUCAGCGCCCUCAUGGCCCAGCCCGGGGCCUGCCCGGCAC